AUGUCGACAAAUAAUAAUCAACGUCAACAACGACAACAACCCCAAGCACCAUCACAGUUUUACCACCGUGGUGGUGUUCCAGGGGCCACAAAUGAUACUUAUUAUUAUAAUUCAAAUUAUCAACGAAGACGACCCCAGUACUACAAUCGUCCAUAUCAUCCAUAUGACCAUAAUCCAUAUUAUUCUCGUUAUGAUUAUCACUAUGAUUAUUAUAAUCAAGGCUAUUUUCCUCGCCGAAGACCGCCGCCACCACCACCAAGGUCAAGAUCAAGACAAAGAUCGAAUGGUUCUCGGUCGAGACAACAACCACAACAAACUAAUCGUAGGAAUUAUCCACGACUUCCACAAUUAGGUGAUUUCAUGUCUGCAGAACUAUUGGAUACACCGCCAGUAGAGUCAGGUACAAAUAAUUUACCUAAUGAAUUUAAUCUCAUACCAAAUAAUGUAUUACCGCAACAACCCAAUUCUGCAACACAGACUAUUCGUCCUAUUGCUACCACGGAUAAUACUAAUAACAAUAAUAAUAAUAAUAAUAAAUAUCCGAAUACACAACCAUUCUAUAUCGACCAACCACGUCGACAACAACAACAACAACAACAACAACAGAAACAGAAAACAACUACUUCUACUCAACGUCGUCGUGUACGUCGUAUUCGUCAAAAACAAUACAAUCGAAAUAAUAAUUAUGAUAACAACGAAGAGCAUAUUGAUUAUGAUAAAGAAGAAGAGGAACAAGAAGAUGAUAAUAAUCUUGUUCUAAAUAAGAAACAAAUUAAUAAAAAGAAAAAUAAACAACGAUUUUAUUUACAAUCAAAUCGUGUUUUCCAAUACAUUAAAGAGCACGAUCCUGAUGCAUUAACUGGUCGCAGUACUCAAGCUUAUAUUUUAGCUACAAUAAACAGUUAUGAUGAAUGGGUUCGUCUCAAUUAUGAAUUACAAAUAUUUGAAGAAUACCUUAGAAUAGGAUUAAAUCAUCAACAAUGGGCAAAUGAAAUUGCUAAACGAAAUAAACGUAACAAUAUUUUAUGUGAACGUUUUGCUCGAAAGAAAAUCAAUCAAUUGAAAGUAAAAAUUGAUCAAACACGUGCAGUUAUUUCUGAUUAUCAAAUACAAUUGCAUACUUUUUGGUCCCAGAAUCCUCCAAAAUCAACAGCAACAAGCACAACGUACGAUCGCAAACGUGUAAAAGAAGCAGUUAAUCGUACUGAGGAUAUUCUUUUAAAAUACAUUCUUCAUUGUACACAACAUGUUAAGAAAGCUUCUCUCAAUCGUAUUAAAUUAGCUCAAAUUGAAAUGGAUGAAUAUAAGGCAUUGAAAGAUUUUGAAAAAUUAGCUACUCCAGCACAAUGGAGACUUCAUUUAUUUAUACAACCAAAAAUGACAUUAUGGUCAACAAAAAAUCAAAACCUUCGAAUUGCCACCAAACGUGUAGAAUAUGAUUUACCACCAAAAUUUAUUGGUCAAACACAAUUAUCAUUUAAUUUCAAUGAUGAUCAAAUUCUACCUAAUGAAGAAGCUCAACAAAUAUAUGAUCAAAUGCGUCAAAUUACACAAGAAUAUCAUAGACAAUCUAUGACGUUGUAUGUACAGACACACACACGUAAAUUAGAAUUACUAACUAAUGAAAUAAAACAAAUGAUUCAAUGUUUUCCUGAAGAUAAUGAUGAUGGCUUUGAUGCACAAGCUGGUUUCACAGCAUUUAAAUACUAUAAUGAUUUACGUGAAAAACGUUAUAAUUUACUUGCAGAUCAAGCAUGCCAUUUUUUAGAAAUAUUAAAAGUCGAGGGCGACAACAAUCAAGAAAUGGAAGUUAUUGCCCAGACAAUUGGUCGAUCUUUACCAGACGAAUACCAUCUAUUACAAUUAGGUCCUCGUUUUAUUUAUAAUGAUCCUCAGACAGCUGCUCGACGACGUACAAAUGAGUUGGCUACUCUUCAACGAAAAAUAGAGACACGUUUUUAUGAAAAGAAAGUUAGCCCCGGUCGUCCAGUUAAAGAUUUUAUUUCUGAACUAGAUCUUUUAUUACAAAAUCUACAUGAAUCUUCAGCUAUUCCACAUCAUUAUCAAUCUCAUAUCAUUUGUAACAAGAAGAUAAAGAAGAAGAAGAAAAUAAAUUACCAUCGUUUAUUAAAGCGUUUAAAAUUUAAAUUUAAAUUAAAUAGUAUUAUUUUAAGAAAAACAGACAAAUCAAAAGUAUUCCAUCUAGGUACGUCUGAUGAAUAUGAUAAGAAAUCAAUGGAAUAUAUGAAUAGAACUAAAGCUUAUCAAUGUCUUGGUUCAAUUAAUAAUCCAUUACCUGAUCUAAUUACUCGUACCAAUAAAUAUUUACUUGAUUUACGUUUUAUUAAAUGGAUUACACAAAAACAAUAUGAACAAUUGUGUCUCAAACAAACUGAUGAUAUUGAAUUAGCACAUUUAUAUUACUUACCUAAAUCUCAUAAAUCAGGUACUCCACUUCGUCCAAUUAUUUCUGGAUUAAAACAUCCAACAAUUAAAAUAUCAAAAUAUUUAGAUGAUUUAUUAAGACCAUUGUUCAAUCAGAUGGCUUCUACAACUACAGUAACAUCUGGUUACGAACUUAUCCAACGUCUACAGAUAUGGUCACAUACAAAUUUACAACGAGAAACAAUAUUAUGUACAAUCGAUGUCAUUGAUCUGUAUACAAUGAUUCCUCAAACUGAAGGAGUACUAGCUUUAAAGAAAAUGUUAGAUUAUUUAAAAUUAAAACAAGUCGAUGGUUUAAAAGUAGAAACAAUUAUUCGAUUAGCAAGAUUCGUUAUACAAAAUAAUUAUUUUGAAUACAAUAAUAAUUAUUAUCAUCAAAUUCGAGGUGGAGCAAUGGGUUCUCCUUUAACAUUAACUAUUGCUAAUUGUUAUAUGUUUUUCCUUGAACAAAAAAUCAGUCGACAAAUUAAUAAUAGUUUUGGAUUAUACGUUCGUUAUAUAGAUGACAUCUUUAUUAUUAUCAAUUGGCCUCUUCGACAUCUUGUUAAACAAAUAGAUCGUUGGAAUAAAUUUGAUGAAAAUAUCCAAUUAUCUGCCAACAUUAGUCACCAGGUUAAUUUUCUUGAUCUAUUUAUUGAAAAUCAAGAUGGUCAAUUAUUCACUAAAGUUUAUCAUAAACCUUCAUACGAACCAUACUAUUUGCCAUUUAAUAGCGUUCAUCCAAUACAUAUGAAGAAGAACAUUCCAUUUACAAUGCUAUUACGCGCAAUUCGUUAUUCUUCAACCUUUCAAAUAUAUUUAAAUGAACGUGAAAAAUUACGUAUGGCUUUACUUAUCAAUAAAUAUCCAAAUACUUUCAUUGAAAAACAAUUUAAUAAAUUAUUUAUUAAAUAUAAAAUACAACAACCAUUAACAGUUGAUAAUUACAACAUAUGUCGAGAUCAAAUCAUUAAUAGUCCAAUUCAAAUCAAAGCACCUGUUGAUUAUGGUCACACCAUGUUCGUUCACUUUACUUAUUGUUCUAACAUGCGAUCAUUUCCUAAAAAAUUCCACAGUCUUUGGCAGAAAUACUUUGAACAUUCACCUAUUAAUGAUAUCAACCCUGUACUAGGUACUCGCAAUGCCAACAACCUGCAACUUCGCCUAGUCCGAACUAGAGACACAUAA